GUUCAUAUGUGGAGGGUGUAGCAUAGUUGGUAAGCGAAGUUCCAGCUACCCAACUUUGACUAAAACUCACAGGGGACUACUCUUCUUUGAUCAUAUCACCCAAUUUUAAGCCCCUUCUCCUUUUCUCCCUCGGGGGCACCCUCGAAACUCUCAUUAUUCGCUCAAAAAGCUCAGAAAAAUUAAAAAGGGGCGACAAAUUUGGCAAUUUUUUAACCGAGGUGGGGGUGGGGGAAGAAAAAAUUGUAUCUUUUUUGUUUGUAGGAAUGAAGAGAGCGAUAAAAUUAGUAUCUUGUGAACUGUAAAAAUUGAUCGUUUGAUUCAUGCCCCUUUUUGUGGGUUUACUUCAAAUUGCUGCUUAAUUUGUGUAGGAAUUGGAAGGGGGAAAAAAAAAUUGCAUCUUUAGUUUAUAGUGAAGGAUAUUUAUUUGUCUGGAACCUUUCUGUUUAGCUUUACAACUUGAUUGUUUGAUUUAUUUAUUUAUUUUCGUGGGUUUGCUCAAUUUGCCACAAAUGUGUAUGUGGUUAGAAAAAAAAAAAUUGCAUCUUUUAGCUUAUGGGAACGAGAUUAAUUUGUUGGAACCUCUAUCAACUGUUUAAAUUUGUCAUUUUAUUCAUGUUCUUUGGUGGAUUUAGUCCAAUUUGCCGCGGAAUUUUUGUAUGGAUAGAAAAAUUGCAUCUUUUAAUUGUAGGGAAGGAUAGUUUCUGGAGUACGGAGUAUCUUCGAAGAGUUGAGGAGAUUCAAAAGGAAAAGAAAAGCAGAUGCUUACUUUGCAGUAGUGUUUAAUUAGCAAAUUUACUGCUAGAGGGAAAAAAGAGGAGGGGGGGGAAAUAUGUCCAGAAAAAAAAUUAAGACCAACUUAAACUGGAGAAAGAUCACUUUUUUGGCUUACUUUUCAUUAUUUCUGGAGGAUUCUUUUUCAUUAUAGCCGGUCAUUUGUGCGAUAUAUGCGAUAUUCGAGUAGAGAUGUUAAUGGGUUAUGUUUCCCUUUGACCCAAUUAAGUAAACAGCAAAAGAACUCUACAUUUGAUGUUGGUAUGUUCUUUUCAGAAUGCAGUGAUUCACAAAUGUAUGCGAUUUCACCCUGUUAGUAGAUCUUUUCUCGUAUUCGAAAUUACGGAUUCUGACAUCCGAUUGUUCUGGGAUCUGAUUUUCCUCUUUUUUCAAUUUAACCUCGUGUUUGAACUGUGGAUUUACUGUUUGAUUUCAGGAGUUUCAGAAGAAAAAAAAAAAAAAAGAAACUCCGAGGCCGCUUUUAGUUUACAGCUAUGAAGUGCUUCCCUUUCCUGAAUGGAGGGAGCAGUAAGGAAGAGCCCAUUAUAAAGUCCUCUUCAGUUCGCUCUAUUAGCACUACAUCGACCGAUCGUGAAACGAGGCGGUCAGGUUCCGAGCUAAAUUCACAAAAUGUUUCCGACUUGAGCUCGGAGUCUCUUGUGAGGAAUCAGUACCCAAGCUUCUCUCAGAGGCCUAGUAAUCUUAGGGCUUUUACGUUUUCUGAGUUGAAGAGUGCCACGAAGAACUUUAGCCGCUCGCUUAUGGUCGGAGAAGGCGGAUUCGGGUGUGUGUACAGAGGCUCGAUCAAGGGAUCUGAAGAAUCGCACGAGAGGAUAGAGAUUGCUGUUAAACAGUUAAACCGCAAAGGGCUGCAGGGACACAAGGAAUGGCUGACCGAAGUAAAUGUUCUUGGGGUGGUCGAGCAUCCAAAUCUUGUCAAAUUAAUAGGUUAUUGUGCUGAUGACGAUGAACGAGGAAUACAACGGCUAAUUGUGUAUGAAUACAUGCCUAACAGAAGUGUGGAGGAUCAUUUGUCGACUCGCUCGGCUACAACUCUUUCGUGGCCCAUGAGAAUAAAAGUAGCUCUUGAUGCAGCUCGUGGCUUGACAUACUUGCACGAGGAAAUGGAUUUUCAGAUUAUUUUUCGAGAUCUUAAAACAUCCAACAUUCUCUUGGAUGAGAACUGGAAUGCAAAAUUGUCCGACUUUGGAUUGGCUAGACAAGGACCGGGCGAAGGUUUGAGCCAUGUGUCUACAGCGGUUGUAGGAACUCUUGGCUAUGCUGCACCAGAAUACAUGAAAACGGGCCGCCUCACCGCCAAGAGCGAUAUUUGGAGCUACGGGGUCGUCCUCUACGAGCUCAUCACUGGCCGUCGGCCGAUAGACCGAAACCGCCCAAAAGGCGAGCAGAAGCUCCUAGAAUGGGUCAAGCCGUACAUAACCGACGCAAAGAAGUUUCCUAUAAUAAUAGACUCGAGGCUCGAAAGCCGAUACUCUUUAAAGUCGGCGGUAAGACUCGCGAGUGUGGCGAACAAGUGCCUGGUCCGGGCACCAAAGUCUCGGCCCAAGAUGAGUGAGUUGCUGGAGAUGGUAAAAGAUGUAGUGGAAAGUGCGGGGACGGGGAAUCCGCAGCCCCCUAUUAAGAAUGUGCCGUCGAAAGAAUCGGCAUCGCAAGAAAAAAAGAAAGGAGGGUUGAAGAGAAGGGUUAAGGAUUUAAAGAUGGGCGAAAGAACGCGAUUAGCAUGGGAGGGGUGGAUGCCAAAGCUUAUAAGGACUUGAUGAUGAUGAUGAGAUAAAGAUGAUAAUGUUGUUCGUCAGAAGAGUAUAUAGUGGGCUUAGAAUACUAUUGAUAGCAGCAAGUGUUUGCUACUAUCAACUUUUUUACAUCGGUAGUUAUACGACCGUACGUAGCGCAGUUGGUUGAAAGCUUGAUGGUUGGUACUCGAGAUUCCAAGUUCGAAGUCUAGUUGCUUCAUAUUUCUAGCUAAGUUCAUUUCUGGUACUUUUCUGUCACUCUCUCAAAAAAGAAAAAAAAAAAAGUUUUUUGACCUUGGAUGCUUAGGGUUUGGGCUUUGGUGAUAGUACUAUAUAUAUUAUAGAUCCAAGGAUUAAAAAGUUGAUAGUACCAAGUAUUUUGCUACGUACAGUCAAUAGUAUUCUAGUUCAACUCAAGAAUGUAUAUGCUUCUUAUUAUCACGACUCUUUGGCCAAUUUUUCUCUUCUUUUUCUUUUGGUUUUUGGUGGGAGGGGAAGAGGUUGCACAUGUGUAGAGUGUUUGUGGGGCUUGGGAGGUGUAGUAGUGUUAAAUAUUGUAAUGCUCUUUUCUGAGAUAACAAUAUUGAAAGAUGAAAAACAGUUGCCUCUUGAUGUGCUCUGAGAUU